AUGUCUUCUUCACCCUUAGUAUUACCAUUACUAUAUCUUACCGCAUCUGGUGCCAUCGUAAAUGCAAACGUUUCGGUCGUAUUCGCUGUUUCUUCUUCUUCUUCGUUUGUCGUCGGCGUCGUCGUAAAAGUCAUUUUCAUCGAGUCAUCACUUUUUGGUUCAUCACCAUCUGCAACUAAAAAUGGUGGUUUCGACGCCACCCUUUCCCCUAACGCGUUUUGGUGGUCCUCGUUCUUCGCAAAAUUCAAACCAGAGAUUGAAGAAACGUCCUUCUUCUCCUUCUUCGCCGCUUUCUUCUUUCUGUACGCGUCCAACUGCACCGUUGUUAUGAUAAGAAGUGAACACAACAAAACUCGUUAA